GGAGGAGGGAAGAAGGGAGGGGCCGUUGGGGGGAAAGACUCGGGAGGAAGGGAAGAAAGAGAGGGAGGGAAAAGAGAAGGAAGGAGUAGAUGUGAGAGGGUGGUGCUGGAGGGUGGGAAGGCAAGAGCGCGAGGCCUGGCCCGGAAGCUAGGUGAGUUCGGCAUCCGAGCUGAGAGACCCCAGCCUAAGACGCCGCUGCAACCCAGACUGAGUAUCUGGUCUCCGUCCCUGAUGGGAUUCUCGUCCAAACCGUCUUGGAGCCUGCAGCGAUCCAGUCUCUGGCCCUCGACCAGGUUCAUUGCAGCUGUCUAGAGGUCCCCAGGAGCAGCUGCUGGCGAGCCCGCUUCUGCAGGAACCAAUGGAGCCAUUCCGUAGUGCCAUUCCGAGCGACGCACUGCCGCAGCUUCUCUGAGCCUUUCCAGCAAGUUUGUUCAAGAUUGGCUCCCAAGAAUCAUGGACUGUUAUUAUAUGCCUUGUUUUCUGUCAAGACACCAUGAUUCCUGGUAACCGAAUGCUGAUGGUCGUUUUAUUAUGCCAAGUCCUGCUAGGAGGCGCGAGCCAUGCUAGUUUGAUACCUGAGACCGGGAAGAAAAAAGUCGCCGAGAUUCAGGGCCACGCGGGAGGACGCCGCUCAGGGCAGAGCCAUGAGCUCCUGCGGGACUUCGAGGCGACACUUCUACAGAUGUUUGGGUUGCGCCGCCGUCCGCAGCCUAGCAAGAGCGCCAUCAUUCCGGAUUACAUGAGGGAUCUUUACCGGCUCCAGUCUGGGGAGGAGGAGGAGGAAGAGCAGAGCCAGGGAACCGGGCUUGAGUACCCGGAGCGUCCCGCCAGCCGAGCCAACACUGUGAGGAGUUUCCAUCACGAAGAACAUCUGGAGAACAUCCCAGGGACCAGUGAGAGCUCUGCUUUUCGUUUCCUCUUCAACCUCAGCAGCAUCCCAGAGAAUGAGGUGAUCUCCUCGGCAGAGCUCCGGCUCUUUCGGGAGCAGGUGGACCAGGGCCCUGACUGGGAACAGGGCUUCCACCGUAUAAACAUUUAUGAGGUUAUGAAGCCCCCAGCAGAAAUGGUUCCCGGACACCUCAUCACACGACUACUGGACACCAGACUAGUCCAUCACAAUGUGACACGGUGGGAAACUUUCGAUGUGAGCCCUGCAGUCCUUCGCUGGACCCGGGAAAAGCAACCCAAUUAUGGGCUGGCCAUUGAGGUGACUCACCUCCACCAGACACGGACCCACCAGGGCCAGCACGUCAGAAUCAGCCGAUCGUUACCUCAAGGGAGUGGAGAUUGGGCCCAACUCCGGCCCCUCCUGGUCACUUUUGGCCAUGAUGGCCGAGGCCAUACCUUGACCCGCAGGAGGGCCAAACGUAGUCCCAAGCAUCACCCACAGCGGUCCAGGAAGAAGAAUAAGAACUGCCGUCGCCAUUCACUCUACGUGGACUUCAGUGACGUGGGCUGGAAUGAUUGGAUUGUGGCCCCACCCGGCUACCAGGCCUUCUACUGCCACGGGGACUGUCCCUUUCCACUGGCUGAUCACCUCAACUCAACCAACCAUGCCAUUGUGCAGACCCUAGUCAACUCUGUUAAUUCUAGCAUCCCUAAGGCCUGUUGCGUCCCCACUGAACUGAGUGCCAUUUCCAUGUUGUACCUGGAUGAGUACGACAAGGUGGUGUUGAAAAAUUAUCAGGAAAUGGUGGUAGAAGGGUGUGGAUGCCGCUGAGAUCAGGCAGCCCGGAGGGCAGACACACACACACACACACACACACACAUGUUCCCAUUCAACCACCUACACAUACCACACAAACUGCUUCCCUAUAGCUGGACUUUUAUCUU